CGUGAGAUCCUCCUGCCGCUGAUGACGGACCAGCUGAAGUUCCACCUGGAGAAGCGUGAGGAGCUAAAGGCUUGCUGCCAGCUGCUCAGUGACAUCCUGGAAGUGCUCUACAGGAAGGAUGUGGGUCCCACCCAGUGGCACGUGCAGAUCGUCAUGGAGAAGCUCCUGAGGACAGUUAACAGGACAGUCAUCUCCAUGGGCCGCGACUCUCCUCACAUAGGGAGCUUCGUGGCCAGCAUGACUGCCACACUGAGGCAGAUGGACGACUAUCAUUAUGCUCAUCUGAUCAACACCUUUGGCAAGAUAAGGAGUGAUGUGGUGGAUUUCCUAAUGGAAACAUUUAUCAUGUUUAAAGAUCUCAUUGGGAAAAACGUCUACCCCUCAGACUGGGUCAUAAUGAACAUGAUGCAAAAUAAAGUGUUCCUGCGGGCCAUUAGUCAGUAUGCAGCAGUGUUGAACAAGAAAUUUCUGGAUCAAACCAACUUUGAGCUGCAGCUGUGGAACAACUACUUCCACCUGGCUGUAGCCUUCCUCACCCAGGAGUCAUUGCAGUUGGAGAACUUCUCAAGCGACAAAAGAGCCAAGAUCUUCCACAAGUACCAGGACAUGAGAAGACAAAUUGGCUUUGAAAUCAGGGACAUGUGGUACAAUCUAGGGCCCCACAAGAUAAAAUUCAUCCCAGAGAUGGUGGGUCCUAUCCUAGAGAUGACGCUAGUCCCCGAGAUUGAGUUGCGAAAGGCCACCAUCGCCAUCUUCUUUGACAUGAUGCAGUGCGAGUUCCACUUCACAUGCAGCUUCCAGCGGUUUGAGAACGAGAUCAUCACCAAGCUGGAUCACGAGGUGGAGGGGGGCCGCGGAGACGAGCAGUACAAAGUUCUCUUUCAGAAAAUUUUACUGGAGCACUGCAGGAAGCACAAGUACUUGGCCAAGACGGGCGAAAACUUCGUCACUCUGGUGGUGCGUCUGCUGGAGAGGCUGCUGGACUACAGGACCAUCAUGCACGACGAGAACAAAGAGAACCGCAUGAGCUGCACUGUCAAUGUGCUCAACUUUUACAAGGAGAUAGACAGGGAGGAGAUGUACAUCAGGUACCUGUACAAGCUGUGCGACCUCCACAAAGAGUGCGACAACUACACGGAGGCAGCCUACACUCUGCUGCUACACGCCAAACUGCUCAAGUGGUCGGACGAGCAGUGCGCAGCCCACCUGACCCAGAGAGACGGCUACCAGGCCACCACUCAAGGACAGCUUAAGGACCAGCUCUACCAGCAGAUUAUCAAUUACUUCGACAAGGGCAAGAUGUGGGAGGAGGCAAUCAUUCUGGGCAAGGAACUGGCUGAACAGUAUGAGAAUGAAAUGUUUGACUUUGAGCAGCUCAGCGCAUCCUUGCGGAAGCAGGCCCAGUUCUAUGAGAACAUAGUAAAGGUCAUCCGGCCCAAACCAGACUACUUUGCUGUUGGCUAUUACGGCAUGGGCUUCCCCUCCUUCCUACGCAACAAGAUGUUCAUCUACCGUGGGAAGGAGUACGAGCGCAGAGAGGAUUUCGAAGCGCGUCUUCUCACGCAGUUUCCCAACGCAGAGAAGAUGAAGACGACGACACCACCCAGCGAGGACACAAAGUGCUCCUCUGGACAAUACAUCCAGUGUUUCACAGUUAAACCCAUCCUCGACCUGCCUGCCAAGUUCCAAAACAAACCCGUCUCUGAGCAAAUAUUGAGCUUCUACACGGUAAAUGAAGUCCAUAAAUUCCAGUAUUCCAGGCCAGUGAGGAAAGGAGAGAAGGACCCUGACAAUGAGUUUGCGAACAUGUGGAUUGAGAGGACCACGUACACGACAGCAUACAAGCUUCCUGGCAUCCUGCGCUGGUUUGAAGUCAAGUCAGUCUCCACAGAGGAGAUCAGUCCACUGGAGAACGCCCUGGAGACGAUGCAGCUGACCAAUGAGAAGAUCAGCAGCAUGGUGCAGAGGCAUCUCAACGAUCCUAACCUUCCAAUCAACCCCCUCUCCAUGUUGCUGAAUGGGAUUGUGGACCCAGCAGUCAUGGGAGGUUUUACCAACUAUGAGAAGGCCUUCUUCAAUGAUAAGUACAUGCAGGAACACCCAGAGGACCUUGAGAAGAUAGAGAAACUGAAGGACUUGAUCGCCUGGCAGAUCCCACACCUCGCCGAAGGUGUCCGCAUCCACGGGGAGAAGGUCACGGAGGCGCUGAGGCCUUUCCACGACCGCCUGGAGGCCUGCUUCAAGCAACUGCGGGAGAAGGUUGAGAAACAGUAUGGGGUAAAGACCCUGCCGGCAGCAGACGAACGUCGGGGGCCUCGUCCUCACUCCAUGGUGCGCUCCUUCACCAUGCCCUCCUCCCAGAGGCCACUGUCAGUGGCUUCAGUCACCUCCAUCUCCUCUGACAACUCCCCCUCCAGGCCUGGCUCUGAUGGUUUUGCCCUGGAGCCUCUCCUGCCAAAGAAGCUGCACACCAAGUCUCAGGACAAGCUGGACCGAGACGAGCCCGAGAGGGAGCGCAAAGAGAAGAAGAAGGAGAAGAGGAACAGUAAGCACCAGGAGAUCUUUGACAAAGAGAUGAAGACCACGGAGAUCCCUCUGCAGCCCACUGAAGCUGUCAUACUGUCAGAGACGAUCAGCCCACUACGGCCUCAGAGACCAAGAAGUCAAGUUCUCAGCCAGAUUGGUGGAGACCGUCGCCUCUCCGUGUCCCCUGGACCCCCGUCUUCCUCCUCCAACUCCUCCUCCUCACCAGGACCCCCGCCCAUCACACCCAGGAACAAACUCUCCUUCAGCCUGCACACUGUUUCCAGUCUGGAGCUGAACGGGAUGGGCUGUUCUGACAAAGGUGAAACCCCUCCUCCGCUGCCAGUGAAAGGCAGCAAUGCUGAUUACGGCAACCUGGUAGAUAAUCAAGACUUGACGAGUCCCUCGACGCCUCCACCACCCCCGCCACAUCAAAGGCACAUUCCACCUCCUCUGCCCAGCAAGACCCCUCCUCCACCUCCUCCCAAGACCACCAGGAAACAGGCCUCCAUCGAUUCAGGAAUUGUACAGUGAACAAAGACGCUGACAGUAGGACCGAACACCACACUGACAACACAACAAAAACAACAUCAACAGUAACCGCUCCCACCGAAAAAGCGGCUGAUUUUACCCACACAUUCCUCGCUCCCUGUCCCAGCUUGACAAGAUGAAUACCUCACCGCAGCCCGCCCCUUCGUAUCAUCUUUUUUUUUAUUUUUAAAUUUCUUUUCCUAUCUUGUUUUGCUUACAGUUUGACGAUGAUGCAGUCUGCAACAGGGAGCAUGUUGCACAGAUGAGUAGUCACUGAAUUUAAAGACGCCUGACGCCAUGCCACUUCAAGACUUUAUCAGGACCAACAGCUUUCCAGUACUGACCCACUCUCAAGUAUACGAGAGCACAUUAAAGAAUAAUUCCUCUCUUUUAUUCAUAUUCCCACUAUGUACAGAGGUUUGUAUAUAUGAUUUUAUUUUAUUUCAUUUUUUUGUAUGUGAUUUGACUCUUUUUGUAUUAACGUAUCAUUAGAUUAAGUGGCAUUUAUAUGAAACAAAAAAGGGCUUGUAGGUUUUGAAUUGACAGGGACUUUACAGAGUUGGUAUGUGAGAACCUAUCAUGGAUUUUAUUGGUAAAAACUUUUGGAGUGCACAUACAACUAAUUCCUAUCACAGUGUCAUAUCUUGUUCCGACCUUGUCCUAGAUUGCUGUAACCUUGGUUUUCAAUAAUAUUGACUGUUCCCAAUUCACUACUGACAUGACUUCUGAAUAAACUUUCAAAUGUAUGUAUUUUUAAAAAAAAUAAAAUGUCUGCCUCAUUAUUUUUUGUCUACGGCAAGAGAGGCUGAAAAUAGA